AAGCACAAAGCCAAAUGGAGAAGCAGUGAAGGCGUCAUUUAAAAGGAGGAAAUAAAAGAGCUGAAGAGGAAAGGCAACAAAUCAGAGAUGAAAACAAUGACUUGCAAGAGAAAGUUGGGAUAUAUUUGAAACGAGUUUCAAGUGGUGUCUUCCAUCUGCACCCCCUGCUUGUGUUCCAUCAUGGUGGACCUUUUCCUCAACCGAGUUCUGGUGGAAAACAAUUGGGACCAGGAUGAGCUCAACACGGAGCGGGAAAUCAUCGGGAUACUGGAAAACCGAAUCGUUAUGCUGCUCUUUGCAACCGCUGAGUGUGAUAAGUGCUGGGAGUUUGUGCCUGUUCUGAAUGACUUUUUUAAGCGUCUGAAAGACCCAGCUUACAUUGAAUACCCCCGACUGCUGGCGCUUAUUUAUAUCAGCUUGGACCAAUCAGAGGAGCAGCAGGGUAAAUUUCUCAAAGAGAUGCACAAAAAGGUUCUGUUUUUGGCCUUUGAAGACCCAUACAGGAAGGAACUCCAGGCCAUGUUUAAGGUGAAAGAUGUCCCAACUGUGGUGGUCCUUCGUCCAGACGGUUCUGUCCUGUCGCCAAAUGCUGUGCAGGACAUUUGUCGUUUUGGUUGCGAGUGUUUCCACAACUGGCAGGAAUCUUCAGAGCUGAUCGAGAGAACCUUCAUGAUGAACGAGGAGUUCGACAACCUGAAUAUGCGCACAGCCACCGACCCUGUGAGGAGGCUCAAAUACAAGAUGGAGGAUGACAAGAGGAAAAAGAGAUGGUGGCGGUUGUAGCGGUGAGGGAAAGCUGACAGUGAAGACGGAGAAAGUGGAAGCUCAUUUUUGUGAAGACCACUUUGUGUUGUGUUUACGCACUUGGCAAGCGAUUUGUGACCAAAUAUGGUGCACAUUGGCUAAGGAUCUAAGAGGCUAAAGAAAUUCCCCCAACUUGCUCCAAGAGGUGUGGGAAAAGUUAACCCAUUCAUGUGAUUUCAGGCAUAUAUUGCACCGAGUUCACGUUGCCACAAAUUUUGAACAUCUCAAAAAUAUUUUUAGAAUUGGAAUUGUACAGGCGGCACGGCGCUCGAGUGGUUAGCGCACAGACCUCACAGCUAGGAGGACCAGGGUUCGAUUCCACCCUUCGGUUUCCUCCCCCAUUCCAAAAACAUGCUAGGUUAAUUGCCGACUCCAAAUUGUCCAUAAGUAUGAAUGUGAGUGUGAAUGGUUGUUUGUCUAUAUGUGCCCUGUGAUUGGCUGGCGACCAGUCCAGGGUGUACCCCGCCUCUCGCCCGAAGACAGCUGGGAUAGGCUCCAGCACCCCCCGCGACCCUCGUGAGGAAAAGCGGUAGAAAAUGAAUGAAUGAAUGAGUUCUCCUCCUAUUUUGUGUGGAAGUGGUAACUUUUUGGCGACUUAUUUUGUCUUUCCCCACCCUCGGCCAUCUCUGUGUGGAGUCUGCAUGUUCUCCCUGUGCAUGCGUGGGUUUUCCCCGGUUUUACUCCGGUUUCCUCCCACAUUCCAAAAACAUGCUAGGUUAAUUAGCGACUCCAAAUUGUCCAUAGGUAUGAAUGUGAGUGUGAAUGGUUGUUUGUCUAUAUGUGCCCUGUGAUUGGCUGGCCACCAGUCCAGGGUGUACCCCGCCUCUCGCCCGAAGACAGCUGGGAUAGGCUCCAGCACCCCCCGCGACCCUCGUGAGGAAAAGCGGUAGAAAAUGAAUGAAUGAAUGAGUUCUCCUCCUAUUUUGUGUGGAAGUGGUAACUUUUUGGCUACUUAUAUACUUAUAUACUACUACUACUAAUACUGCUGCUAGAAUAUGAAGGAAUAACGUCUAAUAGUAUUAUUAACACAUUUAACGAUUUAAGGUACUAAACACAAUACUUUCCCUGCUGCUAAAAUAAUGCACAUCAUGACACAGGAAGUACUUUCUCUCUGUUUAUUUUGCCUCCUCGACCAUCAGUUUGAUCCCCCAGCCUUGUGAUUGACCACUGGCAAUGCUGCUGUUUAUUUCAAUUUGAUGUGGACCUCCCUGUGCAAAGCUGGAUCAAGCCUUUAGAGACCACAAAGGAUUGAUGUCUGGGGGAAGCUUAUAGCUUGGAACUCCAACACACUUGCAAUAAUAAUGGCAUGGAGUUGUUUUAUUUCCGAGUGGGAUUCAAAUAAGUUGAUACAAACGUGGAAGUGCACCUUUUUAAACUUUUUACAGGUGCUGGCACCUGACCCUAAGAGUGGAAGUUGAACUUUAAAGAUAAAACACUAAAUAGUAUAUAUGUUGUCAACUUAAUAAAAUAUAUACCGUGUCCAUUUUUAUUUGUAUUCUUAUUUAUUUCCUUAAAAAAAACUCAUCAUACUCCAUCAAAUUCUUCAAGUUCUUCAAAUGCUGCAUUAAACGUGCUCCCCCUGCAAGAUAUUUUUGGGGGCGCUACAUGCUGCAAUAGUCCAAGCCACAGGCGAUGGUCACACCGUGAAGUGGGCAUUGAUUAGCUGUCAUUGUGUGUGGGUUUGUUUAGCCUUAGCUGAUAGGUUUCUAUUAUAGUCAAGAUGGCAAUAUGAGGAAUGGUUGGUGGUGAAGAGGAGAUGUUAAAAUGAAUGCGAAUGUGAGCGUUAUUGGAUGUGGAUGGCGAUGAACUCCAGGACUAUAAACAUCGUGGGAGACGAGGGGUUAACAGAGAUGUUGCAAACUGCAUCCGAUGGCUCAUCUUAUAAUCCACCAUGCAGGACGGACUACAGUGACAACCAAAACCAGGCAAACUUAAGAUAACCGGAAAUGAUUUAGCUGGUUCAGUGUUCGAUUCUUGUAUUGCUCAGAAAAGUGAUUUUGUGACUGAAAAAAAUCCAAAAAAACUGACAAAAA